CUGAUAACUGUGUUUAAAGGUUGUACUUUCAGCAAGGACCCCGCCGAAAUCCCAUGGGGAGCUGAUGGAGCUGAAUACAUCGUUGAAUCAACUGGUGUUUUCACCACCGUCGAUAAGGCAUCAGCUCACUUGAAGGGUGGCGCCAAGAAGGUGGUCAUCUCUGCACCAUCAGCUGACGCUCCAAUGUUUGUUAUGGGUGUAAACAAUGAGACCUACAACGCUGCCAACAACCGUCACAUUGGACCUCAGCGUUUGAAACGCUGGCGGACCACUAACGCGUCAUGUACCACCAACUGUCUGGCUCCUUUGGCUAAAGUCAUCCAUGAUAACUUUGGAAUCAUCGAAGGAUUAAUGACCACUGUGCAUGCAACCACAGCUACACAGAAGACUGUCGACGGACCGUCUGGAAAGUUGUGGCGUGAUGGACGUGGUGCUGCUCAGAAUAUCAUUCCAGCCUCUACUGGCGCUGCUAAAGCUGUCGGUAAGGUUAUUCCCGCACUGAAUGGCAAGCUUACCGGAAUGGCCUUCCGUGUGCCAACGCCUGAUGUGUCUGUUGUCGAUCUCACUUGUCGUCUUGAGAAGCCAGCCAGCAUGGAUGACAUUAAGAAGGUAAUCAAAUCUGCUGCGGAAGGUGGAAUGAAGGGCAUUUUGGGCUACACUGAGGACCAAGUAGUGUCAACUGACUUCUUGUCCGACACUCACUCCUCGAUCUUCGACGCCGGAGCAUGCAUCUCUCUUAACCCACAUUUCGUCAAGCUCAUUUCAUGGUAUGACAACGAGUACGGAUAUUCGCACCGUGUCGUCGAUCUUAUCACCUACAUUGCCGGCAAAGCAUAA